GGUGGGGAUUGGGAUUGGGAUGGUUGGGUUCUUCUUCGACUUCGAAUCCCGGUCCGAGUACCCGUAUUGGUGCGGCUCGCGGAGGGGAAGAGGGGGAAAGAGCAAGGGGUUCCACCGGCGAGAUACCCGGUCGUCCGGAUAUGGUCGACGGGACCGGCUCGGGAUUGUUCAGGCGGGAUAGAGGAGGGAAAGGCAAGGGCAAGCGACGUGAAUGGCAAGGAGAUCGAGAUCGAGAUCGGGAAGUUCAGGGACGAGAGACCGCGAUGGUAACAGUGGGCGGGCUCAAGGGGUCGUUUUAUCCGGAGAGUUGGGGGUGGAAGCGGUGGAGUACGAAGAGGUGGAUUUGGGCGAUCGUUUUCGUCAUGGUCCUGGCGAGUGGGAUUGCAGGCGGACUGGUAGGCGGUCUGACGCUAGGAAGGCAAAACGAGAAGGCGAGCAAGAUCUAUAGCGCAGGAGGGAGUCGGAUCGUCGUCCCCUUCGACUCGCAAGGAUACCUAACGUUCGAUCCCAUGAAAAACGGGCCUCCACCCGAAGACGGUCAAUCGGAACGAUGCAACCUCUUUUCCCCGCUCUCUUCAAGCAACAUCCUCCGUUCGGUCGCUUUCGCACCCUAUGGGCAGACGAUCACGUACACGACGUUUUAUCUGGACAAGAACGCCUCUUCGGUCUUUGUGAGGUCCAAGGGGGAUUCGAGCUCGGGGUCGGUCCAGGUGAUGGGCGUGGACGAUUACCCGGUACUGCAAGCGGGUGAGAUCCCGCAGGACAAGGUCAGGAUCGAUGUGGUCAAGCGGACGGGAGCGAACGCGACGGAGAGCUUGGUCUGUCAGAUGACCGAUCAGACGGGCAGGCAGGGGGUUGGAGUUUACACUCAAUCUCUAUCGACCGACUCGCCCGAUGAAGUCGUCGCCGGUGACCCCAACCUCUCCUUUUUCAUCCUCGUCCGCUACCCACCUCCAGCUUCCAUGCCGCUCCGAGACGACGGCGAGGUCAACUCGACAGCGGUCUUUGACCAGCUGGACCGCAAGUUGAACUCGUUGGAGAUCAUCACCGAUCAGAUGGGGAUGAGGAUGGGGAAUAUGAAGGGGUUGGCUAGUUUCGCGAGUUUGGAGGUUUCGAUCGGGAGGGGGUUGAUCGGCGCCGAUUACGUCGCGGCGGACGAAAUGACCCUUCAGACGCGGACGAGCAGUCUCUGGGGGACUUUUAACGUUUCCGAAAGCCUGAUCAUGAACUCGACAAACGGUGGUCUCCUGGCAGAUGUUAUCCUACACAACCCCGGCUACCUAGACUCGGUUGUUACCCGGGAUGGGUCCAACUAUUUCCCUCGAGCCGGCAACACCCGCUCCGCCCUCGACCUCCGUGCCUUUUCCGACAGCCCACCGACAGCCAAGAUGGUCGUCAGCCGUGCCGUCUCUGAUUACGGUUCGACCCCCCUGAAUAUGGACCCGGACGACAUACCCAUCCGGAACAUUAAAGUCAGGGCGCAGACGACGAACGGGCCGUUGGUCUUGAAGUAUCUGGCUCAGCCGCCGGGGGUCGUCUUGGAUAGUGGGGCUUAUACAUCGAACGGGGAAGCUUCGACGAGGAUGCAUCCGGCGUUCCAGGGAGGAUUCUUGCUCCGCUCGGUUAACGGUGACCUUCGGAUCCCCGAGUCCAACGAUCUCGAACCUUCUGAUAACGGGAUGCUCAACUUCCAAGAUCCAUGGGACGACGAUCGGAAACGGAUCGUUGUUUUCGAUCAGGGUAACAACACGGCCUUUGGGGAGAACUUGACGUCGACGGUGGACGAUUCGUUGUCUCCAUGGGGUUUUACGCGAGGUGACUCGGUCUACAACAAGGACGCGGGAUCGUUCCAGGUCGCCGGGGUGACCAUGUGGUUGACGACAGAGGAAGUGGCAGAGACGGUGAAUAUCAGUAGCAAGGCCAUGGCGGUGGCCAAGGAGUGUGCAAACCAGACGUGCGUCGGAUACGCAGCGAUGAGGAACAGCAAGAGCGUGACGCAGACGAGUUGGGGAGGGGGCGAGUUGACGUUUUCUUAGAUCAGUGGCAAGUCGAUAAAAGCAGUGUUAGGGUCAGUCGCAAAUACUACUGUGUGUAUCCGAGUGUUUCUCAUUUGUAUAUGGUAUAUGGAAUCGAGUCUGAUCCUCUGU